GCUAAUGCAGUAAUAAGAUGGGAUAUUUAAAGAAGAAUUAACACAUUUUUAAAUAAUACCGUACUUCUUACCUUACUUAAAACGCUCAUAUUUGCACUACACUCGUAGGCAUUCGUGUUCUGUGUCCCUACCUAACAUCUGUAGCUGCUGAAAGGGAGAAACUAACGAUGUGCCCGGGCUUCAAAUAUAAAACAUGAUUUGAAGAAAAAAAUCCCGUAUAUUUUGGAUGCAUCAUCGUCGUUACUACUGUAUUCAUGUCCAAUCAAUUUGUUCUCCAAUGCAAUUCACAGUACAAAUCGAGAUUCAUUUAGUUUUUAUCUCAUUACGUUCUGCCGCCGUUGCCAUGGUGAUGACGCUCAAACAAACGUCAUCAGCCUGCGUGGGCGAUAUUAAUCCUCAGCUCAACAACAUCGUCGAGGAGAGGGAAGGUGAGAGAGAGAGAACUAUAUUUGUAUUUAUAUAGUCUAAGGCUGCAGGAAACACUUCCACUCUGGCAUAGGCUUUUCAAUGUGUGAGGGGCGCUCAUCAAUAUGUGGACCCAUACCUCCGGACCCAUCGCUGUUUCCUCAGUACUACAACAGACCUGCUUCAGCUCAAGAUCUCCGGGAGGGAAUCAGAGGCGGCACGUUAGCCCUACUCUCAGGACCCCUGGCUCCGGAUCCUGUUCUGCACCCUGACUGCUACAACGCUCGUACCUCAGCAGGUCACCCACGUAUCAGCCCCAAUGCCUCCCACAUCCAGGAACGAGGUCAGAGAGGCGUCAUGAGGGAGCUACUUAAACUAGACAUAUUUCCCACAACAGAGAUUUCUAAACCAAAAGAACGAAAGAGUGACUUUCGCAAGGAGAAUGUCCGUCGUCUUCGGGAUAUCCAGAGACGUUGUAAAGAACUGGAAGCUGAGAGAGCCCGUUCAACUCCAGUCAAAGCUCUCUGGACUUCACCCAAAUACCAGAAUGUUCCAUCCAAGUUCAUGACAAACCUACAGGUUUCCAGUCCGACUGUCAAACCGCAGUGUCAGGACUUCCUAAGGAGUCAUUCUAACAAUAAAUGCCAGCCCCUGCCCAGACCACGCUCAGCGUCCUCUGUCAACUUGCAUCGCUCCAAGUCUUGCUCACCUAUAGGAGAGGACAAUUUGCAAUUACAGGUUAGAGGUCAGAGCAUAGACUUCAUCAAGUACAAUGCCAAAGCUGCGGGAAAGACCAUGCAAAGAUCUCAGUCGCUGAUAAACCUUCAAGACAAACCAGUGCCCAGCGCUGUCAUAGGCCAGGUGCCUCAUUACUUAGAGGAGAGGAAGAAGCAGUGGCGUGAAGAGGAGGAGCGGAGGAGGAAGAACGCAGUAAAUCCUUCCAUUCCACCUGGUCACACCUUAAUGGCUGACCGCGAGAGGCAGGACGCUCUAAAGUCUCUCAAAGAGAGCCACCGCACCCUAGUGACAGAGCUGCUACUGCUGCCUCUCAAAGCUGACAAUCUGGGCGUCCGCACACGUCGGGCUCAUCUUGAUAGGAAACUUUCUGAGAUCGAAGAGGCCAUUAAAAUAUUUUCCAGAGAUAAGGUUUAUGUCAAAAUAAAUUCCUAACACACAUAGAGGAAGAGGAGGAACAUCCCCCACCUGCUGGAUUAAUAUAGUUUAUUUGGAUGUUGGUGUUACACAUGUGGCUGCAAGGCCUCCUCUGCUGGACUGACCACUAUCAGAAGCCCUGAUAUCCAUUUACAAUUUAAAUUCUGGUAUUUUUCCAUGAAAUUGCUAUUUAACGUCUAUUAUUUUCAUUCAUUGUAGUGUCAUUUUGUAGCAUGUCUCUUAACUGCACUGCUUCAGUAUAGUAGGUCUUUGGGUGUCCCACGAUUCGAUUCAAUAUCGAUUCUUGGGGUCACGAUUCGAUUCAAAAUCGAUUUUUUUUUUUUCAAUUCAACACGAU